AAAGACUAGAUGGAUCAUAGGAACAAUGUAACUUACUUUGUCCUCUUGGGCCUCACGCAGAACCCACAGGAGCAGAAAGUACUUUUUGUUAUGUUCUUGCUUUUCUACAUCUUGACGAUGGUGGGAAAUCUGCUCAUUGUGAUGACCAUAACCUUCAGUAAGACCCUGGGCUCACCAAUGUACUUCUUUCUUGCUAGCUUAUCUUUUAUGGAUGCCAUUUAUUCUACAGUUAUUUCCCCCAAAAUGAUUUCAAACUUAUUCUUAAGGGAAAACAUCAUAUCCUUUGAGUUUUGUAUGACCCAGCUUUUUACAGGACACUUUUUUGCUGGGGCAGAGGUUUUUCUUCUCUUAGUGAUGGCCUAUGACCGCUAUGUGGCCAUCUGUAAGCCCCUGCACUAUUUGGUUAUCAUGAGGCCGUGGGUAUGUGUUUUACUGCUGGUAGUUUCCUGGGUUGGAGGUUUUUUGCACUCAGUAAUUCAGUUGGGCACUAUUUAUGGACUCCCAUUCUGUGGCCCCAAUGUCAUUGAUCAUUUCAUAUGUGACAUGUACCCCUUACUGAAACUUGUCUGUGUUGACACCUAUGUCACUGGCCUCUUAGUGAUGGCCAAUGGUGGACUCAUCUGCACAACUGUGUUUCUGCUCUUACUCGUGUCUUAUGGGGUCAUCUUCCACUCUCUGAAGAACCUGAGUCAGGAGGGGAGGCGGAAAGCUCUCUCCACCUGUGGCUCCCACAUCACUGUGGUUGUCCUCUUCUUUGUCCCCUGUAUUUUCAUGUAUGUACGACCAGCCAAGACUUUCCCCAUUGACAAGUCAUUGAGUGUGUUUUACACAGUCAUAACCCCCAUGCUGAACCCCUUCAUCUACACUCUGAGAAACUCAGAGAUGACAAAUGCUAUGAAGAAACUCUGGGGAGGAAAAGUCAUAUCAGCUAGUAAAUGA